AUGGGUGCUUCCUUGCCUCGAUAUCUCGACUUAAAAGUACACCAAGCAGUUCGCGAACGCGCUUACGAUGGAAUCACCGUCGUCGGGGCAUACAGGCGAACAUAUCCUUCUACCAUCUUUCAGGGAGAAAAAAGAGACAAGCCUUUCAACUGGCAGCGACCUACUGCCCAAAUCAUCAACAACCAUCUCUAUAUCGAGUGCUUUCCAGGAUAUGAUUACGUAGAGCACUACGCUGGGGCCAUUGCCAGUUUCCUCGGCAUUCAGCAGCGUCAAGGAGGCAUGUUGACACCUCCGUCUAGGGUGUCUUUCCAACCAGCCUCUUGCUCCGACACCCAAACCGCUCUCAAGGCUACUAAUAUUUGUGAAUUCCCAGAAAGGGUUGACAUUGUAGUUCUCGGCAUGGUCCAUCGCAUGGAGCGGCUGAUCGGCCCCGUGGAUUGGGCUGGGGACGGCUGCUUUGCCUGGAAGGUGCGCCAAUUCAAUGGCCGUAAAGUGGCAUUCCUAGGCUUUCGGCCUGCGUUUUGGGGCGAUAUCUCCGGAGAAGUCGUACACUAUCUUGCGUCUCGGUGUGGUGUGCGUGAGGUUCUCUACCUUGGCAAGCUGGGAAGCGUUAAGAAGGGACUGAGGCCAAACACUUUGCUGGCAACCGGAGGGCUUUCGUACGUGCGUGGCCAAGCCGUGGAAUGGGAAAAUGUUCUUGAGGGUUCAGUUGCCCGUGUGGCUCAAGCCUGUACAGUUACAGGGAAUCACUUAACUUUGGGGAGCGUCCUGCAUGAAACGAAGCAUUGGCUCGCAACGUUGCCGAGUUCUGUUGACUUUGUCGAUCCCGAGGUGGGAAUGAUGGCCCAGGCAGCGGUUCAAAGUGGCAUCCGGUUUGGGUACCUUCAUAUCAUUUCGGAUAAUGUGGCCGAAAAGUACGACGAGGAUCUCUCGAAUGAGAGGAUGCGGAGUGUCCUGACAGGGAGGUCUAAGCUUUAUGAAGUCGUGCAAGAUGUUUUAGAGCACCAUCUCUCCUCGGUCGUAGGGAGAAGCCCGUAA